AAAAGGUAAUGUAGAUGAUACAAGUUUAAACAGAUAAACAGGAAAAGUGGAUAUCAGAAUGCCACAAAAACAUGUUGACCGUUUGGUGGACAACCUGAUAGAAGAUGAAGCUGAGAGAGAGACACUUCUUGCAAAACCUACUUGCUUUAUCAUAGUUGGAAGACCGGGUGUUGGCAAAUCCUCUUUAGCCAGAAGAAUAGCAGAAUCCUGGAAGUGCAUCUUGAUAGAUGAUACAGAUCUGCUCAACACACACAUUAUAAAUAAAACAAAUGAAGGCAUAGAGCUCUUAAAUAUCUUAUCUGAGGGGAGAAGUGUGCCAGAAAACAUGGUGCUCCAGCUGCUUCUCGCCAGGCUUAACUCAGCAGAUGUUGAGCACUAUGGUUAUGUCCUGAGCUGCCUGCCAUUCAUGUCAGAAGAGUGUCUGAAGAUUCAUGAGCAGCUUGAGCUGAUCAAAAACCUCAAGCUUACUCCUGAUUUCAUCAUCAACAUCAAGUGUGCAGACAAAGACCUUGCCCGACGGCUCUCAGGUCUGAAGCAGCACCCGGAGACAGGGCAGCUGUACAACAGGGAUCAGUGGAUGCGUGAGGAUGUGUUUAGCAAGAAGAAAGAGAACAAAGAUGAGGAAGGGGAGGAUGAGGAGGAUGAAAAGCAGGCAGGGACUGAAGAACUUCAAAAGGAUAUUAUUGACAACAUGGUGUGGACACCUGAGAAUUUGGACAAAAAUGCUUUACAUAGAAUCAACAUGUACAAAGAUACGAUGCUCAGACCCCUGGAGGACUACAUGACAGAACACAACCCUCUCUACCUGUUGGAGCUGGAUGGACAAAACCAAUCUGAAGAGCUGCACUUGUCUGUGAUGUCGCGUCUUGGAUCCAUGGCAAUCAAGAAUGUCUCAAUUCCAGUACUCCUCCAUCAGGCUGAUGAUGAAGAAAUACCGGAGGAAGUUGACACGGAGGACCUAAUGAGAAUGAUGUCCUCUACCCGGACAGUGGCCCCUGGCUUCAGAUGGAGAAGAAGUCGUUGGGGCCAAACUUGUCCUGUUGCUCUGAGUGAAGGCAAGGUCAUUCUUGGCAAGCCUGAUUUAUGUGUGGGCUUCCAGGACAAAAUGUACUUCCUCUCAUCUCAGGAGGCUUACCAGAAGUUUUUUAAGAACCCCCGACGGUACUUACUUCCUCCGAUGCCAAGGCCCCCUUGCAGAGUUUCUAUAAUUGGUCCUCCCCUGGCAGGGAAAAGCACUCUAUGUAAGCUUUUAGCUCAGCACUACAAUGCAUUGGUGCUUGAUAUGGAGGCUUUGGUGCAACCGGUUCUGGCUAAGGUUGAGCAAGAGAGGCUUGAUAAAAUCAAAGAGGAAACAACACAGGUCGCUCUAGAGAAAAUCAAGAUGAAGAUGAAGCAGAAUUCAGUUGAAACCAAUUCUACUGAAGUGACAGAGGAUCAUCCAGAGGUACAAGCCUUGGUUCUCACUGCGCUGGAAGAAGCCAAACAUAUGAGCACAUCUCCCUUGAGUCUGUAUGGUGAGGUUCUGGAGAAGCGCAUAAAUGAGACUGAAGAGGCUGGCGCUGGUACGGAUGUCAGGACUGGAUGGGUGCUUGACAACUUUCCCAAGAACGUGUCCCAAAUGAAUGCCUUACAGCACGCUGGAAUACUGCCAGACCUCCUCUUCUGUCUCAAAGACAGUGAUGGCAGUCAGGUUUUUAAGCGAUUGUAUGAGGCGAACAAGCAAAGCGUGGAUGAAGCAUUCGGUACGAGAUUGCAGGAUGAACAAUCUGAGAAGGAGAAACCGGCCUUAACCAAUAAACAGCCAGAAGAGGAAGAGGCCAUGCCUGCAGGGUUGCACUCAGGUUAUCCAGAUGGCCCUGAUGUGAAUGACUACAAAAUGAAACUCAAUCAGUUUUUGUCCGAAUGGGACCAAAUGCAGUCCGCUUCAACUGUCACCCACUCAGUACUAGAGAUAGGUGACAAAAGCCCUGAGGACCUGCUCCAAGAAAUUGUGCUUCAAAUGGAAAAACCCUUUGAGCAUGUUUCCUGUGAACUAUCAGCAAUGGACCUGGAAAAGGAGGCAGAAGAUAUGGAGGCCUUAGCUGGGCUGGAGAGAGCCGAGGAAGGAAGCAGUGACAAUGACGCAGCAGAGGAUGAGGAUGAACAGGCGGACACAACAGUCAAGAGAUUAUUAGGCGAUUCCCUUCAUUUUUGCCCAGUGGCCUUGAAGAACUCCAACAUCCUGUUGCCAUGUACGGAUGAAAUUGCAGCCAAGUACCGCGAUAAGACCUUCUACUUCUCAAACCAAGAAGCCAGGGACUACUUUCUUCAAAACCCUGGUAAUUUUGUUGGACAGACGUCGCCACUCAAGCCUCCUGCCCCGCGGAUCUUUUUGCUUGGCACGAGAGGUUCAGGCAAGACCAGUAAUGGUGAGUGGCUCGCCCAGCAGCUUGGCCUCUUCCAUAUUCAGUUCAGGGAGCAGCUCCAAAUGCUCAUUAAGGCCAAGACAAAGAAGCCUGUACUUUAUGCGGAUGAGAAAGAGUCUUCAGAAGAAUCUCCUGAGGACUUGGAAGCACUCAUAGAGGAGGCCAGAGGGGAGCAUGAGAAGGAGACAGAGGAGACCUCCAUCAACGAGAAUGACAUUGAGCCGGAAGUGGUCCUUACUGAGGAUGAAAAAGCCAUCAAAGCCUAUCUCUCUGAAAGAGAUCCAUUACCUUCACAGAUCUUGGACGCAGUUAUUGCACCGUACUGGAAACAGGAACCAUACAAGUCUACAGGUUUUAUUUUGGAAGGCUUCCCUUUCGAUUCUGAUGAGGUGCAGUACAUGUCACAGUGCCAGCUUUUCCCUGACCUUGUCGUAAUAAUGUCAGUGGACGUCACGGAUGUUCAAAAACGCCUGUUGCCGACAUACCUGGAGAGCUGGUGUGAGCGCCGCAACCACCAUGAAGCACAGCUGAAUCUACUUCGGGAUUUACGUAAAAAGAGCCGGGAGGAAAACAUUGCCAAAAGAAAGGCUGAACUCACAAAGGCGGCCAAAUCAAAAUCCAGAAAUGAUGAGGAGGAAGAAAACGAAGAAGAGGAUGAAGAUGCAGGCAACAUAGAGGAUGAGAUAGAGGCCACGCUUGAAGAGGAGUUUCCUUUAGAAGAAGAUAACGAAUACAUGGAGAAUGAGGAGACUAAGGAGGCAGCGUCUGAGAGGCUGGAGAUGGAGAUAGCAGAGCGCUAUAUGACAGAUGAAACCGGUCUCGCUACUGUAACGGAGCUCUUGAGUGAACUAAACAUUCCCAAAGUGUCAAUUAGUGCAUCUCGAAAGCUCCGGAUCGUGCGGCAACAAAUGCUCCAGAAAAUCCAGCCGCUGCUGACCAACAGGGAAUCACUCUUCCAAAAAUGUCAACCCAUCUUAUACAGCCUGGCACAUAAGCUGUUGCUCUCCUCUUAUAAGCUCCACAGUGCCUUUGGCUGCUGGGAUCCCAUAAAGCAAUACAAAGAGAAAGAUUUGAUCCAGCCUCUGCAGUGGCCCCUCAACACUACAUAUCCCCUAAUCUUCCAUCAGUAUAUCUACUUCUUUGCAUCUAAGGGGAAUCGCAACAUGUUUAUGCUGAACCCCUUGAAAUACUUAAGGGAGUCUAAAACCAAUCCGUCCCUUCCUGUUAAAAUUGCAGUUGUUGGACCACCGAAAUCUGGGAAAACCACAGUGGCAAAGAUGUUUGCUCAAAAAUAUGGCUUGGCCUGCCUGUCUAUUGGUGGUGUUAUGCGUAUGGUGCUUCACAAGCAUGAGCACACUGAUUUGGCUGUCCAGAUGAAAAAGUAUCUCUCCCAGGGACUAACUGUGCCUGAUGAACUGGCCAUUCAGUGUCUGGAGGUGGCGCUCAUGAGCUCCGUCUGCAGCACUCUUGGGUAUGUGUUUGAUGGCUUCCCGAAGACACUCAAGCAGACAGAGCUGAUGGGGUCUCGGAGCAUCAUCCCUAUGAUAGUCGUUGAGCUGGGGAUGGACACAGUGGAGGUGCUGAAGAGAGGCCUACUGGACAAAAUGAAGCCCAACAAGUGAGAGAACACACAUCAAUUGCCUCACCUGAUGCACGACAGCUCAGAGAUCCUUCACAUUAAUAACUCCUGUUACAAGCAGGAGAUGGAGCAUGUAAGGCAACACUUCCAACAACAAUAUCAGAACUGGAUACUGCUCGAUGGCCUGAAGAGCAAAUGGUGGAUCUGGCACAGCAUUUUAAAGGAGGUCAGCUUCAGCAUGAAAUAUAUCCACAGCUACCUGGAGAGAACAUGCAGUGGGAAUGCAGCCUGCAUCAACAGACUGUGCAUCACGCCCAGGGAGCUGCAGCAUCGGCUUGGAGAGUUUGAUCAGUACUGCCCUGUCUGCCUGGCUCUAUGUCAUCACCUGGUGGACCGCUCAGACAUCGCAGCCUUAACUCACGCAGCUGAGUACAGGGGAAAGUAUUACAAGAUGUGUGGCGAAGACCAUUUGGAGCAAUUCCUUACAACUCCAGAUCAGUUUGUGACUCCACAAUGCCUACACCCUCUCCCACAAUCCCACCUGCUGCCACGAAAGCUCACUGAGAGCCAGGUGAAGAACAGGUUCCCACAGCAGGUUGAGAUGAAGGGCUUCUGCUCGGUAACUUAUGUGGAUGGAAAGCAAAGGUAUGAAGCUCUUGUUCGAGGAAAGAUGGAAUUUGCUGUUGAAUACAGAGAACAAAUCUACAUUUUUGAGACAAAGCGGAAACAGGACAAGUUUCUGAGGACUCCUGAAACAUACUGGAACCAGAAGCUGCCCAGUAAAGUUCCUCCUCUUUGUGAACCUGUACCCCUCACCUCCCUUCCAACGUUGGGCUACCUGGAACAGGGUGUGGCAGUAUCAGUAAUCAAGGCCAUGACAGCUGUUGGGUGUCUAAAACCAAAGUAUCCCUUCCUCAGUAUGCAAAGGUCAUCACUCCUCUAUGUGGCCUUAUAUCUGAAAGCUUUUAAUCACAAGAGCACAGAUUACAGCCGCCAGAAGUACAAAAAGAAGCUGGCCAUGUAUGAAGAAAACUGUUCGCUCAUUCCCUACCUGACCUCAACGAUGAGAGGGAACUACCAGCCUCCCAGUGAACGUCCCCUUGACUUUGAGUUCAAAUUGAAUAGGUUCCUUGCCUUGGGACACUUGCCGGGUGCCAACAGUGUGCUGUAGCUGUCCCUGCUUUCAAAGCUUGACUAUUGCCUGCUAUUACAUAUAGUGGUAGAAUUGUGUGACAAAAAGUUCAUUUGAAAACCAACUGCUAUAAAAGUUUAUUUUAUUUCUUCAUGUUAUAAACUAUUAUUCUCUGUGUCAUGGCUGAAAAAUAUGUUGGGCCUGGCUCAUAAACCUUGCUUGUAUGUAGCUGGUAUACUCUGUCUAGUAGACCUUGUGCAUUACUUUUUUGCCUCACAUUUUACAAAACCAAAAAAUGAAAUUAACAAAAGGAUGUAAGUGUUAUGAGAUCAAGAUUAGGUAUGGAUUUUACAACAAUAUAUAAUAUGUGAAUACAAUGUAAGAGACUCUUAAUUAACUGUUAAGAUACUUAAAUAAAUAAUUAAAUACAAAUAUGUAAACGUAGGGUCUUACGUUUGUUAUUUUAUUGAAUUAAUUCUCUUUUAUGUUGACAGAUCGUGUUUUCAGACAGUUUGUAGAUUCGUAAAGGUGUAUCUGAAUU